AUGACGCUCGCCGAGCUCGGCGUCUUCCCGGCCAUCAGCCUUCCUUUCAGUGCCGACGUUCAAGUUGCUCUUUUCCUCGUCGGCUAUGUUGCCUUACUUGCCCUCAUUCUUUACAUUGGCUUCCGCUGGGACAAGCCCGGUAGGAAACAAUCCGCCCGCUCGCCAAACGUAGUCGAAGCCUACAUUCGCUUCAUCUGGGGCUGCUUUGUCAAGCCUCACACAGGCGACCGCAAUGGAAGCCAGCAGGAUGCCCUGGAGAGUUUCUACAAGCAACAGGCCUCCGUCUACGAUGCCACCCGCGCCAAGCUGCUCCACGGCCGUAACGACAUGUUGGGUCUGGCCGCUGCGCAGUUGCAGCAAAAGGCCAAUGCUGGGCUCUACUCACGCAAGCCCAUCUGGAUUGAUGUUGGUGGUGGCACAGGCUGGAACAUUGAGCAGAUGGCCAAGUUCGUUGACGUCCCUGACUUUUUCCGUUCUGUCUACCUCGUCGACUUCUCGCCUUCCCUCUGUGACAUCGCCAGAGCCCGGUUCGCGCGCCUAGGCUGGACCAACGUCAAAGUCAUCUGCCAGGACGCGCGCACAUUCCGGCUUGCCGACUACGAGUCGGCUGAUGAGACGGCUCUGAUCCCCUUGAGCCAGAACGACUACGUCUCAGGGGGCAAGUCGCACCCCAUCGGUGCGGAACUCGUGACGAUGAGCUAUGCUCUGUCUAUGAUUCCCGAAUUCUACCCCGUCAUCGACUCGCUCUCCUCUUUGCUCUCCCUCAACGGUAUAAUUGGCGUCGUCGAUUUCUAUGUUCAGAGCAAGGUCGACUUCCAGAGCAGGAACUAUGUUGGAGGCGUCAUCGACAGACACUGCAUGUGGCUCUCUCGUGUCUUCUGGAGGACAUGGUUCGAAAUCGACAGAGUGAACCUUGAUCCAGCCCGAAGGGACUAUCUCGAGUACAAGUUUGGGACCAUCCUCAACGUCAACGCCCGCAACCAUUUCCUUGGUGUCCGCAUCCCUUAUUACGUCUGGAUUGGCUGCUCCAGAGAGAGUGGCUCCUCCCACGGGAAGCUUGCAGAGAUUGACGCCGCUGCCACCGAAUCGCCCUUCUUGUCUGCUCUUGACCUCCAGGCCAGGACCUCCGGUCGCCGCGAUAGUGGCAUGGAGCUUCAUAGCAAAGCCUACGAAUCCGCCGUCGUAAAUCUCGCUGCCAGUCUCCCGCUGCCGGCCAGUUGGUACCAGAACCAUCACUGGCGUAUCUACUACGAUGACCAGCUGGAGAAGCACCGCCAGUUCAAAGAUGAAUACAUCUACGCCUUCACUUGGGAAGAUAGCCGUGUCGAUGCUCGCCUGCUUCAGGUGAACUCGAAUGAUGUCAUUCUGGCAAUAACGAGUGCUGGCGACAACAUCCUGUCCUUUGCCCUGGAGAAGCCAAAGCGGAUCCACGCUGUUGAUCUAAACCCGAAUCAGAACCACCUUCUUGAGCUCAAAGUUGCCGCUUUCACGGCCCUGCCUUAUGCAGAUGUAUGGAAGCUUUUUGGUGAAGGCAAGCAUGAGUCUUUCCGCGAAUUACUCAUCAGCAAGCUUUCACCGCACCUCUCCAGUCUUGCCUUCCAGUUCUGGUUACAUCACGGAGAACAGGCCUUCUCAGCCUCUGGGAAAGGGCUGUAUUCAACCGGUGGCUCGGGUUUUGCGCUCGCGUGGGUUGGACGUUUGCUACGCUUCAUGGGUCUCGAGCAAGAAGUCGAUAGGCUGUGCGCUGCAGAGACGUUGAACGAGCAGCGCGAGAUCUGGCAGCGCAGUAUCCGAAAGGUUCUGCUCAGCAGGCUCCUCGCAUGGACGGUCAUCGGCAACGAGAAAUGGCUGUGGAAGGCUCUGGGUGUUCCGCCAAACCAGAGGAACAUGAUCGAGGAGGAUUAUGCGAAACUGAACGGAGAGGAGCAGUCUCAAAAGCGACAAGGAAGCCGAGCCUCGUCAAACGGUGCUCUUACCAGCGGCCUCAUGUCCGGACAUGCCAUUUGGCAGUACGCCGUGAACACGCUCGAUCCCGUCGUCAACAACACGCUGCUCAGCAACGACAACCACUAUUACAUGGUCUGCCUCAAGGGCCACUACACGCGCCGCUCGCACCCGGACUACCUCACGCCCAAGGCCCACAUCAAGCUCUCCAAGUCCUCACCCUCGACGCCGUCUUCUCCACUCUCAUCCCCCUUUUCUUCCCCAACCACCUCGCCUCGCCCCGACCACCACCACCACCACCACCACCACCACCACCACAACCCCUCCACCCUCGGCCCAUCCCCCAUCCCCGCCCCCUCACCACGCAGCACGAGCACCGCCUUCAACGGUCUACGCAUCCACACCGACGAGAUGAACGAGGUGCUGUCACGCAUGGCGCCGGCGACCCUGACCAUCGCCGUCGUCAUGGACAGUAUGGACUGGUUCGACCCGAACGCCCCCUCAGCCGCCACGGCGCAGAUACGCGCGCUCAACCGCGCGCUGCGGGCCCGCGGCCGCGUGCUCCUGCGCUCCGCCUCGCUGCAGCCCUGGUACGUUGCCGUCUUCGAGCGCAACGGCUUCGCCGCCCGGCGCGUCGGCGCGAGGUGGCCGGGGGAGUGCAUCGAUCGCGUCAAUAUGUAUGCGAGCACGUGGAUCUGUACUAAGGUGGCUGAGGUGGCGGGCGGAGAAGAGGGAGAGGGGGAGCUGUCAAAGUGUGUUGUUGAUGGGCUCGGGAGGCCGAUGGAGAGGUUGGACAUCUGA